AUGCUGUUCCUGCUCCUGCUCCUGCUCCCCUUCAGGGAGCUUUGCUGCCCUGGGGAGAGCACAGCGGCUCCCCAACCUCUAGGAUCCCAUCAUCCAGCAGCAGAAGAGCCCCUCUCCUUCCGCAUGCUCCAGAUUUCCUCCUUUGCCAACCACAGCUGGGUGAACACUCAGGGUUCAGGCUGGCUGGGCGAACUGCAAACUCACUCCUGGGAUAAUAUUGUGCGAACCAUCCGCUUUCUGCGUCCCUGGUCCAAGGGAGACUUCAGCAAGCAGGAGUUGAAGAACUUACAGGCUCUGUUGCAGUUGUACUUGCGUGGUUUUGCCAAGGAAGUGCAGACCUUUGUCAAUCAAUUUCAAUUUGAAUACCCCUUUGAGGUUCAGAUAUCAGCCGGCUGUAAAAUGCAAGCUGGGAAGGCCUCAGAAUUCUUCAUAAAUGGGGCAUAUCAAGGAUCAGAUUUCCUCAGUUUCCAAGGAAGUUUCUGGGUGCCAUCUCCAGCAGCAGGGAGUCGGGCCCAGAAUGUCUGCAAGGUGCUCAAUCACUACCGAGAUAUUAAAGAAAUAGUCCAGAGCAUGUUUGGUCACACCUGCCCUCGAUUUCUGGCAGGCCUCCUUGUAGCCGGAAAGUCAGAACUGGAAAGACAAGUGAAGCCAGAGGCGUGGGUGUCCAGUGGCCCCAAUCCCAGGCCUGGCCAUCUGCUGCUGGUGUGCCACGUCUCAGGAUUCUACCCAAAGCCUGUGUGGGUGAGGUGGAUGCGGGGUGAGCAGGAGCAGGUGGGCACUCAGCACAGUGAUCUCCUGCCCAAUGCUGACGGGACAUGGUAUCUCCGAGCGACCCUGGAUGUGGCGGCAGGGGAGGCGGCUGGCCUGUCUUGUCGAGUGAAGCACAGCAGUCUCAGGGGCCAUGACAUAAUCAUCCACUGGGGUGGAUACUCCAUCCUCUUGAUAUUGAUCUGUUUGACGAUCGUAGUUACCCUGGUCAUGCUGGUUGUAGUUGACUCAUCUUUUAAAAAACAAUGCUCAAAUUGGAACUUUAUCUCUCCCCAUGUUUCCAGUGCUGCCUUUCCAAUGGGCGCCAACACCCAGGACACCAGGAGUUCAGGACGUCAGCUCUGCUUGGCACAAGAAUUGUGGAUCAUAAAUAGAUUCUUGAAGAAGUGGAAAACAAGCCUAAAGCAAAUCUGGUGA